AACAACAGUAACAACGCUUGGCAGCUAACAAGAGCAACAACAACAAUUGAAGACAACAACUCAUACCAACAACAUCCAGAAGAAUCUGAAAUUGAGUCAGAAGAACAAGAAGAACAAAGCAACAUGGACGAGACACAACAUUUCUGCUUGCGUUGGAACAAUUACCAGAGCAGCAUCACAUCGGCUUUUGAGAAUCUUCGCGACGACGAGGACUUCGUGGAUGUGACGCUCGCGUGCGAGGGACGAAGCAUAAAGGCCCAUCGGGUCGUACUCUCCGCCUGCAGCCCUUACUUCCGAGAUCUGCUCAAGAGCACACCGUGUAAACAUCCCGUCAUAUUGCUGCAAGAUGUCAAUUUUAUGGAUCUGCACUCGCUGGUGGAGUUCAUCUAUCACGGCGAGGUCAAUGUGCAUCAGAAGUCGCUGCAAUCGUUCUUGAAGACCGCCGAGGUGCUUCGUGUCUCGGGCUUAACACAACAACAGGCCGAGGACACGCACAGCCAUUUGGCACAGAUUCAGAAUUUGGCCAAUGCCGGAGUGCGCACUCCGCUCAAUUCACAUCCGCACCAGGGCGCGUUGCAUGAUGAUGGUGGCGCCACACUCUUCAGCAAUCGCCAGGGCGGCGGUGGAGGCGGGGGCGGGGCAGGCUCACCGCCACCAGCUGGACCGCCACAGUUGCCGCAGCACAUCAACAACCAUCUGCUGAAGCGCAUGGCGAUGUUGCAUCGCAGCAGUGCCGCCGUCGAGGAGACGUCGCAUGCUCUCAAGCGUCUGCGCAGCAACGCCGACAACGGUCUCUCCACCAACAACAUCAACAGCCUCAGCAAUAUCAGCAACAUCAAUAACAGCAACAACAACAGCCCCGACUUGCAACAACUUCAUGCACCACGCAGCGCUUCACCACAGCUAACGCCGGCCGAUUUCAGCACGAUCAAGCACCACAACAACAACAACACACCGCCACUCAAGGAGGAGAAACGCAAUGGACCCACUGGCAAUGGAAACACUGGCAACAACUCUGGCAAUGCCAAUGGCAACGGAAACGGAAAUGGCAAUAACAAUGGCAAUGGCAAUGGCAUCUCCAUCAGCGAGAAACUCGGCAGUUUGACACCAUCGCCAUUGGCACGUGGCGUCGGCGUCGACGAUGUCAAAUCGGAGCCAAUGGAGCUCGUCUGCUCCAACAACAAUGCCAACAACCCGAACGCCAACGACGAGCACAGCAACGACUCCACAGGCGAGCACGACGCCAAUCGCUCCAGCAGCGGAGAUGGCGGCAAAGGCUCCUUGAGCUCUGGCAAUGAUGAUGAGAUCGGUGACAAUCUUGCCUCACAUCAUGCCGCACAGCCGUUCAUCAUGUCGCCAGCUGACAGCAAAUUGUUUCCCGGUGCCGCAUUCAGCUUCCCCAUGAGCAAUCUCGAUCAUCCAGCCUUGCUUGGUCUCAACACACAAUUGCAACAAUCUGGUGAAUUAGCCGUCUCUCCACAAGGUCAACUGACGACAAAUGCUACAACUUCUACAACAACAACAACAAACAACUACAACAUCAAUAAAUGCAACUACCUGUCAUACUCUGAACAAACAAACAACAACAACUCAACAACAACCUCCACAUCAACCACUACAACAACAACAACAACAAAUCAAACAAAUAAAACAACAACAACUCCAACUCCAAUAACAACAGCCAUUACAAACGCCUCUGGCAUCUGUGGGUUAAAUCUCUCCACAUUCGCAGCCAAUUGCAACAACAAUGUGAGCAGCAGCAGCAGCAACAACAACAACAGCAGCAACAACAACAACAACAACAAUAACAACAACAAUGGCAUUUCGAUACUCUCACCACAACAACAACAGCAACAACAACAACAACAACAACAACAACAGCAGCUGCAACCGCAGCAACAUCAACAACAAUUAACCAACACUGUCAAUCAGACAUCUAACGGUACAACAACCGCACAACAACAAAUGUUUGCCGCAGUUAUGGCCAACAUGGCAUCGGCUUCAGCUUCGGCUGCAGCUUCGGCUGCCGCUUCGGCUUCGGCAUCCACGAGCAUUGUGAACAGCGCCAACAGUUCGUUAAAUAACAAUUCAUCGAUGAAUUCAACGAUGAAUUCAGCAGCCAGUGGCGGCGAUGAUUUCCGUUGCAAUCCAUGCAACAAGAAUUUAAGUUCCCUAACGCGUCUUAAGCGUCACAUACAAAAUGUCCACAUGCGUCCCACAAAGGAACCAGUGUGCAACAUUUGUAAACGUGUCUACAGCUCGUUGAACAGCUUGAGAAAUCACAAGAGCAUCUAUCAUCGCAAUUUAAAGCAACCGAAACAGGAACCGAAUGCACCACAGCAGAAUGCCGCCACUAAUAAUAGCUACUACCAUCAGCAAUUGAAUCAUCACAAUGCCUCAUAGGGUUUCAUGUACUUUGACUAUCACCUGGCCAAUGUCAAUUAUUGAAGGUUAUGGUCGAAAACAUCACUUUUCCCUCGGGUUUAGGUACCAGCAAACGUCACCAGCAUCAGCAUCAGCACCAGCAUCAGCACCAGCACCGUCAUCAGCACUACCACCGUCACCAGCAGCAGCUGUACCUACUAGCGACAUAGUAAAUAUUAGAAAUAACCAUUGUUAAGUUUGUCAAACUAGUGCUGUACAUCUGUCAAAAAAAAUGCAUACAGUUGGUCAAGUAAUUUUUUUAACAAGA